AUGGGUUCCACCAACAACUGGCUGGGCUUCGCCUCGUUCUCCGGCGCCGCCGACGCCGUCCUGCACCCGCUGCCGCCCCAAGGCGAGGAAGAUGCCGAGGCACCAAAGCUGGAAGACUUCCUCGGCUUGCAGGAGCCGACGGCUCCGGUGGCCGCUAGGCCGUUCGCCGCCGGGAGCGGCGCAAGCUCUAUCGGGCUGUCCAUGAUCAAGAACUGGCAGCGCAGCCAGCCGGCGCCGGCACCUGCGGGGGUCGACUCCAUGGCGCUGGCGACGACGGCGACGUCGUCGCCUGAGGGGAGCAGGAAGGUGGUCGACGGCGGGGAGAGCGGUGGCACCGUUUUGGUGGACACUGCGCAGCAGAGGAAGGCCUCGGUGGACACAUUCGGGCAGCGGACGUCUAUUUAUCGCGGCGUCACAAAGUUCGUUCUUGAUUUUGUUUCUCAUAAAAGCUCUUCGUGUUUCUGUUUUCCUGCUACUUGGCAUAGAUGGACAGGAAGGUAUGAAGCCCAUCUUUGGGACAAUAGCUGCAGAAGGGAAGGUCAGACUCGCAAAGGUAGACAAGGUGGAUAUGAUAAAGAAGAGAAAGCUGCCAAGGCUUACGAUUUAGCUGCUCUCAAGAAAAGCAGUGGAUUUUCUCGUGGUGCAUCAAUUUACCGAGGGGUUACCAGGCACCACCAGCAUGGAAGGUGGCAAGCAAGAAUAGGAAGAGUUGCAGGAAACAAGGAUCUGUAUUUAGGCACAUUCAGUACCCAGGAAGAAGCCGCUGAGGCUUAUGACAUCGCUGCAAUCAAAUUCAGAGGCCUCAAUGCCGUCACAAACUUUGACAUGAGCCGGUACGACGUCAAGAGCAUUAUCGAGAGCAGCUCCCUGCCAGUUGGCAGCACCACGAAGCGUCCAAAGGAUGGAACCGAUCAAUCUGACAUAGAUGUGAACGGCAAUUGUGCUGAGGUUGCCGGACCGAUGACUGCUACAAACCUGCUCACUGAUGGCAUUGGCAGCUAUGGUCCCGAGCACUGUGGUUACAGUGGCUGGUCGCCGGCUGCCAUGGUGCCAAUUUCCUUGCAAUAUAGCAAAGGCCGUGGCCACUCCAAGCUGUGGUGCAAGGAAGAGCUGGAUGGUGCGGUUGUUUCGGCAGCACACAAUCUGCACCAGCUUCAGCACAUACCUGCCUCCGCUGGAACCCACAAUUUUUUCCAGCCAUCGCAAGUCCAGGAUGUGGCAGGUGCGGUUGAUGUUCCAUCCUUGUCAGUUGACACCAAUUCAUUGUUGUAUGAUAGGGGCAUUGCAUUGGUUACCACGGAACCAUGGGGUUUGGCUAUGCCAUGCCGGUUGCCACACUAG